GAAAUCAGCAGCUCAUUAACUUCAGCACCUAGACAGCGACCAUCGCGCGACUGACAAUGCGAACGGAGCGCGCGGACAAACGACGCUCGCGCCAGAGACGCUUUGAGAAAGGAUGCGCUUCGUCUCGCGCUGUGCAGCUCAGCGUAGCCGGCUGAGGUGAAGAACAAAGCGCCAUAGCCUGAAUCAGCUAACAGCAAAAAGAGCGUAGCAGGGCUCCGUACAGUCGCCAGGAGGGAGGGAUUACACACCCUCGCGGUGAACAGGGGGGCAAAACAAGCGCGCUUUCCUUUGUUUACAUUGGAAUAAAAGUGAAGAUGGGACGCUUUCCAGGACUGGAGGUGAUUUGGAUGCUAGUGCUCUGGAUGCUCAACGUCUGCACGACCAGCACAGCAGCUCGAGCAGCAUCCCAGCGGUGCGACGAGGUGCUGGCCACUCCUCUGCCCUACAGUGCUUUCAGCAGCUCCUCCAUUCUAGGUGCUGAUUUUGGUGCUGGCUAUGCCAAACUGAACCGCAGAGUGGGUAAUGGAGGCUGGUCGCCACUGGACUCAGACAGGUAUCGGUGGCUACAGGUGGACCUCAGAGGCAGGAAACAGAUCACAGCCAUAGCCACCCAGGGCAGAUACAGCAGUUCUGACUGGACCAAACAGUACAGGCUCCUGUACAGUGACACAGGAAGUAACUGGAGGCCUUAUCGGCAGGAUGGCAACAUAUGGACAUUUUCAGGUAACUGGAACUCAGAGAGAGCCGUGCGCCAUGAAUUGCAGUACACCAUAGUGGGCCGGUAUCUGCGCUUUAUUCCCCUUGAGUGGAGUGAGGAAGGCAGGAUUGGUUUGAGAGUGGAGGCCUAUGGCUGCGCUUACUGGGCGGACGUGAUCAAUUUUGAUGGCCAGGGAGUGAUCUCCUACCGCUUUCGACAAAAGAAGAUGAAGAUCCUGAAGGAUGUUAUCUCCCUGAGAUUUAAGACCAGUAAAGGAGACGGGGUUCUGCUUCAUGGGGAAGGACAGCAGGGAGAUUACCUCACUCUGGAGCUACGCAGAGCCAAGCUUGUGCUACAAAUCAACCUAGGUAGCAACCAGUAUGGCUCCAUCCAGGGUCACACCUCGGUCUCCAGUGGCAGCCUUCUGGACGAUGACCACUGGCACUCUGUGCUGAUCGAGAGAUACAGACGCAGUGUAAACUUCACCCUGGACCAACACACGCAGAGCUUCCGCACCAAUGGCGAGUUUGACCAUCUCGACCUGGACUAUGAGAUCAGUUUUGGAGGAAUGCCUGUGUCAGCUAAGCCUAGCUCUGGCGGCCCACAGAAUUUCGUCGGCUGCAUGGAGGGCAUCCACUACAACGGAGACAACAUCACCAACCUGGCCCGCAGGAAGAGAGUGGACACAUCCAGUUUUCGUAACCUGACCUACACCUGCCCAGUCUCACAGACGUUUCCAGCCUUCUUUAACUCCACUAGCACACUGCAGCUUCCAGGCCAGAGUGAAGCAGACACAGUGUCGGUCAGCCUGCAGUUCCGCACAUGGAGCCCCAGCGGUCUGCUGCUCUUCACCCCGCUCAUGCCUGGAGGUGUGGAGCUCAGUCUAGUGGAGGGUAAAGUGGUGGUGCACAUCUACAUAUCACAGGGCAAGAAUGCACGUGUGGACAUCUCCUCAGGUUCUGGCCUUAAUGAUGGACAGUGGCACAGUGUUCAUUUCCUGGCUCUGGAGAGCUUCGCAAUGCUGACCAUCAACGGUGAUGAGACAUCUUCUGUAAGAGCCUCUCUGCCCAUUCAGAUCCGGACAAUAGGAGAUUACUACUUUGGAGGCUACUUCCCACGGACGGACCUCUCUCCAUCUCAGCGCUCCUUCCAGGGCUGCAUGCAGCUUAUCCAUGUGGACGGAGAACUGGUGGACUUGCACGCUGUGGAGAAGGGCAUGCUGGGAAGUUUUGAGAAUGUCAGCUUAGACAUGUGUGCCAUUAUAGACAGGUGUGUCCCUAACCACUGUGAGCAUGGAGGCAGGUGUUCUCAGACUGGUGACACGUUUAAAUGCUCCUGUGAUGGCACUGGAUACACUGGAGCUACUUGCCACACAUCUGUCUAUGAGCAGUCCUGCGAGGAGUAUAAGCACCUGGGCCGAACCUCCGACUCAUACUGGAUUGAUCCGGAUGGGAGUGGACCCCUGGAGCCAUUUAAAGUCAGCUGCAACAUGAUGGAAGACAAAGUGUGGACGACGCUGGUAAAUGAUCUGCCUCCUCAGAGCGCAGUAAGCUCAGGCUCUGAUCCGGCACAGGGAACUGUACUGAGGCUCAACUACAGCAUGACUACUGACCAGGUAAACGCUAUCACCAGCAGCGCAGAGCACUGUGAGCAGUAUGUGGCCUAUGCUUGCCGUAUGUCACGCCUACUCAACUCACCAGAUGGCUCACCAUACACCUGGUGGGUUGGCCGGGGGAAUGAGAAGCACUUCUACUGGGGCGGCUCGGGACCAGGAAUUCAGAAAUGUGCUUGUGGAAUUGAGCGCAACUGCACUGACCCCAACUACUACUGUAACUGCGAUGCUGACCAGAGACAGUGGAGGGAGGACGCAGGUGUGUUGAUGUAUAAGGACCAUCUACCCGUCACUCAAGUGAUUGUUGGGGACACACAGCGUUCUGGAUCUGAGGCCAAGCUUACUGUAGGGCCUCUCCGCUGCCAAGGAGACCGCAAUUACUGGAAUGCUGCAUCCUUCAACACACCGGCAUCAUAUCUACACUUUCCCACAUUUCGAGGGGAGACCAGUGCAGAUAUUUCCUUCUAUUUCAAGACCUCGUCCUCGUAUGGUGUCUUUCUGGAGAACAUGGGCAACAAUGACUUUAUUCGCCUGGAGCUGAAAUCUGCCUACAUGGUGUCCUUCUCAUUUGAUGUGGGUAACGGGCCAGUGGAGCUGACUGUGCGCUCACUAACGCCCCUCAAUGACGACCAGUGGCACCGGGUGGAGGCGGAGCGCAAUGUGAAAGAGGCAGUGCUGCGUUUGGAUAAGCAGCAUAGGGAGGUGCGGGCAGCCCCGCCUCAGGGCCACACCCAGCUACAGCUCUACAGUCAGCUGUUUGUGGGUGCCUCAGGAGGGCAGAGAGGAUUUCUGGGAUGUAUCCGCUCCCUGAAGAUGAAUGGCGUGACCCUUGACCUGGAGGAACGGGCGAAGGUGACCCCGGGGGUGAAGCCAGGUUGCUCAGGUCACUGUUCCAGCUACGGCAUGCACUGUCAGAAUGGUGGCAAAUGUGUGGAGAAAUAUAAUGGCUAUUCCUGCGACUGCAGCCUCACAGCAUUCGAUGGGCCUUUCUGCACAGAUGAUGUCGGAGGCUAUUUUGAGAGUGGCACGAUGGUCCGGUAUGACUUCAUGUCAGACAGUACCUCUGCCCCUGUGGGAAAGGGUGUGUCUGGAGCUCUGGGUGUGGAGGGGAACCUGACUCAGGAGGAGCUGAGCUUCAGCUUCAGCACAUCUCAUGCCCCCUCUGUGCUGGUAUACAUCAGCUCCAAGACACAGGACUACCUGGCAGUGGUGCUGCGCCAUAAUGGUACACUGCAGAUACGUUACAGCUUGGGGGGCUUGAAGGAGCCCUUCACCAUCAGCCUGGACCAUCGCAACAUGGCCAACGGGCAGCCACACAGCGUUAACAUCAGCAGACAGGAGAGACUCAUUCAGUUGCAGUUAGAUCAUUACCCCACUGUGAGCUACUCUCUCCCUGAUGCCUCUGACACUGUGUUCAAUCUGGUCAAGACCAUUUUCCUUGGAAAAGUCUUUGAAACGGGUCAGAUAGAUCCGGUGCUGAUAGAGCGGUAUAACUCCCCAGGCUUCGUGGGCUGCCUCUCCAGGGUGCAGUUCAACCGCAUUGCCCCACUGAAAGCUGCACUAAGACCGGCUAUACCAUCUACUGCCUCUAUUCAGGGGGUCCUUGUAGAGUCCAACUGCGGCGCCUUACCACUCACCAUCCCACCCAUGUCCGCAGCCUUUGACCCCUGGCAGCCGGACUCAGCCGGAAUCCAGUUCCCGUUUAAUGAAGAGCGGGUAAAUCGGGAUGGAGUUAACCGGGACUCUGCGAUAAUUGGAGGCAUCAUCGCCGUGGUGAUCUUCACCAUCCUCUGCACACUGGUGUUCCUGGUGCGCCACAUGUUCCGUCACAAGGGUUCCUACCACACCAAUGAGGCGAAGGGGGCAGAGUCGGCAGACUGUGCCGACGCCGCCAUCAUUGUAAACGACCCUGCCUUCACAGAGACUAUCGACGAAAGCAAGAAGGAGUGGUUUAUUUAGUCGCAUCUUCCAGGAAAUACAGGGGAUGUGCAGAGAGCGCCAUCCAGUGGAACCAUAAGGUUUAAGAUUGACACAAAGAAUUUUGAAUAAAAUGGACUCGAGUGUGAAAUACGGACUCAAACGCCUGUCGGGACAUACAGUGGCUGGCAAGUCUGUCAUGUAAUUACGUUGUAUGUGAACGAGUGAGUGUAACGCAAGGACGUCUAUCAAAUCUGAAUCCAUCCCAUGCACAUAUAGGGAGGCAUAUUUUCUGCAUUCCAUGGACUAAAAUACUAAAGCAGUCGGUGCAUUUUUAUCAUGUUUGAUUGUACUACAAAUGUCAAUUAUCAGUGUUGGACUGCCAGACAAAUGAUCAGCAACCCCAAUAGCGCAAUGUAUAUUUAUUUAAGUUACAGACGAUGACAUUUGAUUGUAUUUAAAUGCAUUUUUAUUGCCAACGUCUUAAAACCAGUCACACAAAUAUAGAAGCAUGGAAAAAGAAUGACAUUCCUCAAUGUUGCGUCAGUGUUAAAGCAGCACUUUUUGUCUUACGUGGUAGUUUAUGUUCUUAUAGUUAUCUGGAAUCUGUAGCUGUAUACAUCACCAACUAUACUUGCAUAUGCUCACAUUUUGUCUCCUUUAUGGAACGUGGCCCUUUUUGAAGCUUAAUUGAUCAUUAUCAUUGUGGCAUUUCAAACACAAUUUUAAAAUCAAUAAGCGCAAAUAAAGAGGUUCGAUUUUAUAAUAACAAACCCUAAUAAACAGCAACUUCAAAAUCUCAUAGCUUGUUAAUGACUGUUAGUUGCAUAUUAGUUACAUAUGCAAUACAAAAUACUAUUUAAAUGAUUAACCCUUUAUUUAGUGACAUACAAAUAAUCAGUCAUUAUUUACAAUGAUCGAAACCUACUCCUUUUAUUGUAGUUUAACAGAGAUUUGAUACUCAUAUCUCAUUAGAGCAUAUACUUUUAAUAAUCAUGAAUAACUACGCAGUAGUUUUCUGCAUCGUGUUUCAAGUGAUUAAGUAGUUAUUCAUUAAUGCGAUGAUCAUUACGUGGUUAAUAUAUUAUCGCUGUCCAAAGAACAUCUCCAUUUUUACCAUUUGAACUUUUCUACAUCAUUUGAGCACAGCUCUGUGUGAACACUGUGUGAACAUGUCAUGAUGAAUGGACCAAUCAGAAUGCUCCAAAAUGACUGGGAAUAAAAUCUCUCAACAUUAACUUCUAUUAAAAGUUAAUAAUAUUUUUACCCUCUCCUGUAAAGUAACCAUUUUGGAGAUACUUUUUGGAUAGUGAUUAUAUAAAUUUUAACAAUAAUAAAUAUGAAUUGGACCCCUGUUAUAAGGUUGUGACUUUGUAAUGUAUUUCUAAAGGAUUUUGUAAUGUAUUUUUAAAAAAAUAAUAAUAUUACUGAUUACACUCAAAUAUAAAUUCAUAAAAAGCAUUUAGAGUGCUUUAACUGUUUGUAUAUCACUAAGUAAAUGGUUAGUAAUUAAUUGUAAUUUUUGGUAGCACCUACUAUUAUUAUUAUUAUUAUUAUUACCUAGCAUAAACAAACUAUUAGAUCAUUAUUUAGUUGCUGUUUAUAGAGUACUGUUAUUAUAAAGUGUUAUCAUAAAGUAAGAGGGCAAUUUGGUUCUUUGACCGAUUCUGAAUGAUUUAGUUAUAUGUCUCUUGGUCAGCCCUUAAUAUAACAGUCACACUUAUGAUAUUUUAAUCUGGAAUGCAAACAGACAGGAGCACAGCUUUAUUUCUUAUUUGCUUUUGCAGUUGAAUGUACUUCUAGUUUGGGAUUUGCUCAUUAACUACUUAACAAAAGUACUUACCACCCAUUAAAGUAUCACCUUCGCCAUGUGUGUUUUUGCCAUGGCAAAGUCCUUUUUCAAAGCCGAAGUAUGUCUGUUACGUUGGAAUUCUGAACUUUGUUGCAUUUUUAUGCGUUCUCAUUCCCAUGUGUUUACAUUUUCUUGUCUCUGUUAAACAAACACAGAAGUUUCUUCAUCUGACUGACUGUAAUCUCAGGUGUCAAACAGAUGGAAACACUCAAGAUAAAACAUUACAAAUACUUGUGCAUUAUGAAGUAUAUGACCACAUGUGGGAUUUUCAUGCAGUUCAAACAUCCGUAUAUAUUAGAGGAGCAAUGACAGGCAUUUUGGUCUUUUCACUGCCAGUUUCUUAUUUCUGCUUCAUUGCUCACAAAUGCAUUCUUUCAUAGCAACUGUUGCUAAGUGGGACAAGCUUACAGAGCAUUGAAUCAAAUUCAACAUAAUUCAUUUAAUUUGCUGAGUAACAAUGAAUGUGUUUACGUGCACUCAAUAACUCUGGGUCUAUAUGAGAUUUCUGCUUUUCAACCAGCCAAUAAACUCACAGAAGAUGAUGUGAUGUAAACAUAAUGUAAAACUUAAACUUCAUAGCACAGCUUUUUUUAAAAAAACAUUGCACCACUUUACCUCAAAAUGUGAAAAUACAUCAUUAUAAGUUAAUAUUAUAAGAUAAAUCUUUUAUUUUGUGAAAUCGGAAAGAAAUCAGAGUAACAGUUCACAUGUACUUAGAAAUCUAUUCAACUGAGCUAAAAUCCAGCGCUCUUUAUCAGAUUUCUAGGUCGGAGUGUGCUGUUUACAUGACCGUUUGAAUAAUUAGAUAACUGCAGAAAUCUGAUUAUGAUGGGGUUAGUGAGUGCAUGUGAGUUUCCAUUUCAAAAUGUUGCGCUACUAAAUCAGAAAGUCAUGGAAGCUUCAACACGGUUCCCACCAUGCUAAGAUUAGCUUGAUUACACAACAAAAACUACACCAGAUCUAUCCUGACAGUGUGAUGUUUCACAUAAAUACAAAAUAAAUAUCAUUUCACACAAAUAACACUGCAAACUGAUGUCUUCUGACAAAAGCUGAGUUGUGUGCUACAAUUAAGCAUUAAGUUGAAUAGGAUCUCUGUUAGCAUUCUGUAAAGCUUGUCCAACCUAGCAACCGUUCUUAAAAAAAGCAACACAUUUGUGGACGGGGCAUGGAUAAGUCAACUGGCCAAUAGGCUUCCUUUCACAAGAUUCCUGUCAGAUCAUUCUGUUUCUCACAAAGAUUCUGGAUUCAUUGAGACAUUUCUUGUCACCAUAUAGCAUUUCACACCUGUUAUGUUUGCUAAUUUUAAUUUUUGAAAAGCAUAAUGAGCAUAUUUUCAUGGAAAAUUCUUUAUUCUUGCUCCUUUCAGGUACUUCCAUGCAGCAUUACUGUUAAUGUACGUUUUUCAUUUUAGGGAACAUGGUCUUCUGGAAACAAACUUGGCUAAUUCCAAGUCUUAAUCAGAUUUUGUCGUUUUGACAAUGAAUUACUGUCUUGAUUCCA